GCAGCUCACAAGGUCAGCGUCAGCAGAUCUGACCCUAAAAAUAGGCUCUUGGAUGCCAGUCGGGGUGGCUGGGUGUGCUGCUGCCACACACCCCACAGACCAGCACCUCCUGACCUGGCCAGGACCCGGUGCGCACAGCUGCAGAAAGGAAAGAAAAUCCCUUGGCUCCAAAAUGACAUCCAGAGAACCGAAGACAAGCCUCAAGAAUGCUUACCCGUCUGCCAAGAAGCUGCUGCCGAAGGUGGAGGAGGAGGGGGAGGCUGAGGAUUACUGUACCCCCGGAGCCUUCGAGCUGGAGCGUCUCUUCUGGAAGGGCGGUCCCCAGUACACGCAUGUCAACGAGGUCUGGCCCAAGCUCUACAUCGGCGAUGAGGCGACGGCGCUGGACCGCUACAGGCUGCAGAAGGCAGGCUUCACGCACGUGCUGAACGCGGCCCACGGCCGCUGGAACGUAGACACCGGGCCCGACUACUACCGCGACAUGGCCAUCGAGUACCACGGCGUCCAGGCCGACGACCUGCCCACCUUCGACCUCAGCGUCUUCUUCUACCCAGCGGCCGCUUUCAUUGAUGCUGCUCUCCGCUACGAUCACACUGGAUCCAGAGGCUUGAUCAGACUUGAGUUCGAUUCACUGGCAAAACUACAGAUGAUGGUCAAAACAUGUCUUCUAAAGUCCAGCAGAAGUCUGAGGAUACAGCUGCUGGUUCUAUCUUCCAACAAGUGUCAUGGUGGAGGUGGGGAAGCAGUUAUUUUCUCAGAAAAGGCCAUAAAGGACUCAAGCACCAUUUCAAAAGCAUAACUUAUUAUUCUUUAAUGGUCGCCUUGCCUGUGCUCACCCGGGGAGAACAGCUGCUAGGAAAGCUCUGCAGAGAGAAGCCUUCUUGACAGUUUCCAAGGACUAAAGUUGGAAUUCUCCUUCCAAAAUAAAUGCAUGAAGAAACGAAUUAUCUGAUAGAAGUAAGGAAAAGAUAAGUGUCUCUUCGACCAACUGUGUGUAAAUGUGAAUUCUGUCACAGCUCUCAUUUCUCUGCCCAAGGUUUAUAGUAAAUUAACGACAACCUCCUUUCUGAUGCAACUUAUAUGAUCCUAAGAUAGAGGCUGCCCUUGAACAAAAACACUGGACCUCAAAAGAAGGCAGGGCGUACCUGACAUCAUUUGGAAGUAAGCAAACCACACCUGAUUAAUUAUGUUCUAAUAAUAUAAAUUCUUCUUCCUAAGAAUCAUGUGUGAGAAGAGAAAGUACAUUAAGAAAGCUCUUCCAGAGGUAAUUCAUUUAACAUUUAUUCAAUAAAUAAUAAGGACCUACUCAGUGCCAGGCUCUUCCAGGAGGUGAGAUUACAGCCGAGGACAAAGACUCUACCUCCAUCAUGGGUAAUAAACCAUGAAUAUAUAAGACAUAUGCAACUUUCUAAAUGAUUUUGCACUUACUCAGCCUAGAACAUGUUUUUUAUGGUCAGUGCCAUUGAAAAAAGAGAAAACUAUUAAAUAAAAAUUGCAUAAGUAGGUAAAUACUACUUGUCAAACGCACAGCUCUUUCAUUCAGUUUGCUUAACUCCUCACAGGGGGUAAGAGUGUUUCAGACAUAGAUCAUGUACCUAAGACACACUGUCAUGGUCUCUCAGAACACAUCUUUGAUGCUUGGCUUAUGGGGCUCACAAAUGGGGGAAAGUGAAAUAUUUACCCUGCAGCCUACCCAACAGAGAGUUUAUGCCCUUAGGGAGUGCUGCAUGACCUCUACCCCACCAGGGAGAAAACAGAAUUCAUAUGCCUGCCAGGGUAAAAGGAUAAGUCUGCUCAGGGUGAGGUAACUGGCACCAGAGCUAUGAAGUUAGCACCAUCUCCGGCUACCUGGACUGGUUCCUGGGUCACUUGUUGGAAAGUGUAGCCCUAAGUCAACCACAAUGGUGCAGAGAUGCCCAGAGACCCUCACUAGAGCAUCGGGUGUCUCACCAGGGGCUGUCAGGCUAGGACCCAGCUACUGCGGGCUCCCCCUGAUGUUGUACUCAACUUGCCCUCCGAGAUAAGCGAGUGACUCCUGUCCAGUCUUGGUUCUUUAGAAUUUACUAACAGGUAAAAUGUGGUACACUGGAACCCAACCAACCAAAUUUCUAAAUUAAAACUCCUACUUUCUAUAGGAGAUAGGCCAGUCAGGAUCAAAAAGUCGUUCCAAAAAAAGCAAUUUUCAGGUAGGAUGAAAUUACUCUAAAUCUUUACUUAAUAAUAUUCUUAAGUUUUAUUUAAAUUGUGUUUUGAAAAAAAAGUUUGUAAGUGGUAGCUCUUUUAAAGUAAUCUACUGAAGUCUGUUAAAACCGGAAGUUGCUAGCUAAUAACCUGAGAUAUUAUGAAAUGUAUUCCUCUAUUUAGAUAUAUAAUAUAACAUUUAAGCUAGUAGCUAGCGUCUAAGAUACAGGGGAAGAAGUUUUCUCUUUGAGAGAGUUAACAUGAUUAGCUUCUCAACAUCACACCCUUCUAGGCAGAGAUGCAGGAUGUGACUUUCUUUCUAAUUCUGCUUGAUGGACCUAGAAGGGCAGAGAAGUAGGGAGAGCAGGAAAGCAGAGAGAAGAUGCUUUCUCAUCUAAGUGGUGCUUCCUCAAGAAAUCAACCAAGAGUUAUAAGGAGGCUAAGGGAAAGACAAGCUUAGGUCUGGACUCUCUGAAGUACCUAACGAAGAGACCUCUGUCAUUAGAACCAGACCGGCGAAAGAAUGAGGGCGUGGAAAAUUAACCCAUUAAUUGUCAGUGAGAGCGAAACUAGAUAUUAAAUUGUACCCAGAAGCAUCCUUCCAUAAAAGUUUAUUGUAUUUCUUAUUUUCCUUAAGUCCAGGUGUGUGUGUGUGUGUGUGUGGCCUCGCACACACACCAUUCUUGAGAAAUCGGAACAAGUACAAGGACACUGCUAACCACACUUGCGACGUGGCCAAGUUCAUAACUUGUAGGCACAAAACUGGGUCAUCUGCAGCCAUCUUCUAGCAGCACACACUAAUGACAGACUCAGUUUGCAAACAGUAUACAUUCCCCAUGAAAGCCAAAGUGAAACCUCUCAACAUAUAAGAUCACAGAAAAGAACAGCAAAGGGGAUUUCCUGAAAUGAGUGCCUAACUCAUUCCACCACUCCUAAUUCCUCUAGAGUGAGUUCUGUGCCAUUAAGUACAACCCUGAUACAUCGUACAGUAUUUUAAUAUUGAAUAAAGAAAGCCGGGGCUUCCCUGGUGGCGCAGUGGUUGCGCGUCCGCCUGCCGAUGCAGGGGAACCGGGUUCGCGCCCCGGUCUGGGAGGAUCCCACAUGCCGCGGAGCGGCUGGGCCCGUGAGCCAUGGCCGCUGAGCCUGCGCGUCCGGAGCCUGU